GUGCACUUGGUAUACUUUGAGGAUGUGGUGGUGGUUGAGCCAAAGUUCUUAGGUAGAGAGAGAGAGAGAGAGAGAGAGAGAGAUGGGGAUCUGCUUCUCUUCUGCAUCACUGGAGAAGCAAGUGCGUGAUGAGAAUUCAGUGUUUGUGCUGGAAGACGAUGAUUCGUGUCCGGAGAGAGGAAUGAGAAGGCUUGCCUGCCUCUAUUCUCAGCAAGGGAAGAAGGGUCUAAACCAGGAUGCUGCAAUCCUCUGCAAGGAUUAUGGAGUGGAAGAUGGAGUUUUUUGUGGGGUAUUUGAUGGGCAUGGAAGGAGCGGCCACAUAGUAAGCAGGAUGGUGAGGGACAACCUGCCUGCCUUGCUUCUGAGUCAGCACAACGCCCUUCUGCUGGACGACGAAGACCACCGCUCCGCCGGCGGCGACGACACGAGCUCGGCCGACGGUGAGGAAUUCUCCGAUGUGUCGCCUGACAUGUUCGAUGAGUGGAAAGAGGCAUGCAUCAAAGCCUUCAGAGACAUGGACAAUGAGCUCGAAGAGCAGCUCCACCUGGACUGCUCCUGCAGUGGAUCCACGGCAGUAUCAGUCAUUCAGCAAGGGAGGGAUAUGAUCAUCGCCAACCUUGGAGAUUCCAGGGCGGUUUUAGGAACAGUGUCGGAAGAUGGUCGCCUCGAAGCUGUUCAGCUCACGAUCGAUUUGAAGCCUAAUGUGCCCCAAGCAGAGCGGAUAAAGAAGAACAACGGCAGGGUCUUCGCGCGCAAGGAUGAGCCGCACGUCCAACGAGUGUGGCUGCCCGACGUGGACUUCCCGGGGCUCGCCAUGGCGCGAGCUUUCGGCGACUUCGAGCUCAAGAACUACGGCGUCAUCUCCAUCCCUCAGGUCGCGUAUCACCGCCUCAACGACAGAGAUCGGUUCGUGGUUCUCGCCACCGACGGGGUGUGGGAUGUGCUCGACAACGAGAUGGUCGUGUCGAUCGUGUCGUCCACGGGGAAGAAAGAGGAGGCGUCGAAGGCGGUGGUGGAAGCAGCAGUUCGAGCGUGGAGAUUCACGUUUCCUUCGUCGAAGGUGGACGACUGCUCUGCUGCUUGCCUCUUCUUUUAGAGCUUGACGCAGUCGAGGAAGGCGGAUGGCCGUGGAAGAAGGCUUCCUUGCUGGUUCAUUAGGCAUAACAGAGGCGAAUCUUGCACUGAGUUCGAUGUAAUCCGGAAAGCAAAUUAGAGAUCACCUGCGCUCAUGCUCGCUAAACUUCUCAGAGUUGGAUGCAAAUAAAAGACAUCAUAUACUUGGAAAAAUCCAUGGGCAAAAAUGACUCUGUUGGAUGUUAAAUUUUAGCUUCCUUUAGAUCA